AUGGAAUCGAUCACAAAGAGAUUCUACACCAAUCUCUUUCGCUCGUCAACACCCGUGUCAGACCCCGUUAUUCCCACUGGAAAAAUACCACCAUGGAUUCUACCUGCUGAAGUACGUACCGCAAUCCAGACCAUGAAGGCAGCCACGGCUCCGGGACCGGAGCAUGUUUCGGCUGACCACUUACGAGCUGGAGGACAUCGCCUACACGAGAUACUUGCGGAACAUCUAACGCCCUGCCUUCAAAAGGAAAGUAUCCCCGACCAGUGGAGAACCUCCCGAACAACUACCGUCCAAUAUGCCUGCUGA